AGUUCAUUUAAAGCGUCGAUUUCAACACAUGAUCGCCUGGACGGGUUUUGAACAGAGGUUUUUGGACAAACAUUUCUCGAGAAAGAACAGCAUUAUCGUCAUUUAAUACAUCAUUUGUAAGAUACAGGUUGCAUUUUGAAGAGUAACUGGAAGUGACGGUGGCGUUUGCUAGCUCCUUGACUCUUUGAAAAGUCUGAAAAUGGUGAAAACGAACGGGAAAGGACCGCAAGAAAAGAACAUUCAAGUGUUCGUGCGGUGCAGACCAAUUAAUGACAUUGAGAAGAAGAGAGGCUCCCACAAGGUUGUGGAAGUCAGUCCGAAUAAGAAAGAUGUGCAUGUCAACAUUGAAGUAGCAGAGAAGGCCACCUCAAAAACCUUCUCAUUUGAUAAGGCAUUUGGACCCAAAGCCAAGCAGAUUGAAGUGUACAAGAGCGUGGUCCUCCCAAUAUUGGACGAGGUUCUCAUGGGCUACAACUGCACUGUGUUUGCGUAUGGGCAAACAGGAACUGGUAAGACUUUUACAAUGGAAGGAGACAGGACACCAGACCCGGCUGUAUCAUGGGAGGAGGACCCUCUUGCCGGUAUCAUUCCUCGGGCCAUGCAUCAGAUCUUUGAGAAGCUCCAAUCAGCGGAGGUGGAAUUCUCUGUCCGCGUUUCCUUCAUGGAGUUGUACAACGAGGAGCUGUUUGAUCUCUUGACCGGUCCAGAGGACACGCAGCGGCUGAGAAUAUUUGAGGACGCCGCACGCAAGGGAUCUGUCGUGAUUCAAGGUCUUGAGGAGAUUGUCGUCCACAAUAAGAGCGAAGUGUAUGCCAUCUUGGAGAAAGGCGCUGCUAAGAGACAGACGGCUGCAACUCUCAUGAACGCCACCUCCAGUCGUUCCCACUCUGUCUUCACCGUCACUAUCCACAUCAAGGAGAACUCAGUGGAUGGUGAGGAACUUCUCAAGACAGGCAAGCUGAACCUGGUGGACUUGGCUGGUAGUGAGAAUAUCGGCCGCUCCGGUGCUGUGGAUAAGAGAGCUAGAGAAGCAGGUAACAUCAACCAAAGUUUGUUGACCCUUGGCCGUGUCAUCACAGCUCUGGUAGAACAUGCUCCUCAUGUUCCUUACAGAGAGAGUAAGUUGACGCGCCUUCUCCAGGACUCCCUAGGAGGUCGCACCAAGACUUCCAUCAUCGCCACCAUCUCUCCCUCCAUCUGCAAUUUGGAGGAGACCCUGAGCACCUUGGACUACGCUCACCGUGCCAAGAACAUCACCAACAGGCCUGAAAUCAACCAGAAACUCACCAAGAGAGCUCUCAUUAAGGAGUACACCGAAGAAAUUGAACGCUUGCGACGGGAUCUGUUUGCAACCCGCGAGAAAAAUGGAAUUUUCCUGUCCGAGGAAAACUACAGAUCAAUGGAGCAAUCCAUCAGUAGCAAGACCCUCAGUAUCCAGGAAAAAGAAGACAAAAUUGCCGCUCUCUUGGAUGAAAUCACCAAGAUCAACGACAUUUUGAGCGACACUAAAGAAGAACUGGAGGAAACAACCGGCCAGCUAGAGACUACAACCAGGACACUGGUGCAAACCACCCACACCCUCCAAAAGACUGAAACGGAUCUGCGAGUGACCACCACGGAUCGUGACCAGCAGAAAUACCUGCUGGGCGAACACGUCAAGACGGAGGAGAAACUGUCGCAAGAAGCCAAGAAGCUUCUGUCAGUAGCCGAGGGUAGCACGGCCGAUUUGGAAGGCGUCCACGCAAAGUUGAACCGUAAGCGUGCUGUGGAAUCCCAUAAUGCAACAGUACAGGAGGUGUUUGAAGCCAACCUAGCCGACAAGCUACAAGCUGUGCAGGACUCCAUGACUGAGUUUGGAGACAUCCAGCAACGACGCUACGCUUCUCUGCAAGAUAAUUUCAAAAACUUGUCAUCGGUUCAUUCCACUGAGGCUCAGGACAUGUGUUGCCAGAUAAGUGGAAUGAUUGACACCCUGGAGAGGCAGGUGGAGUCCGUGACAACGGAGAGCCAGCUGGAAUGUGACAGCUGGCAUGAGUGGGGGAAAGAGAAUACAAAACGGAUGACAUUGUUCAAGGACUCACACUGCAGUCAAGUUGAGCAGUUCCAACAGACUCAUCUGCAAUUGCUGAGGAAACAGCAGGAGAUGUUGAGGGGCCAUAAUCAACGCUUGGAGGAAUUAAACCAACUGGUUCAGAGACAGGCUGAAUCUCAAAUGACGCUGGUUGAGACCUUCUUACAGAGCAACUGCAGCCAACUGGACUCGCUCUCAUCGCUAAUGGGAGACUAUAUCACCAUGCAGAAGAAGGUCAAUCAAGGUCACCAACAGAGGGCGGCAAACAUGCUGGCCACACAGAAAGAAGCCGCACAGAAAAUGAAGGCAGACGCGCUGGGCAAAAUAUCGUCGAUUCUUGAAAACGUCUUCACCCUGCAGCAUGAGCAGAACGCAGCCGAUGUAGAUGAGAUGAAAGAGAGCUAUGGAUGUCUCAUCGAGAAUGCAGACACAUUCCAGAAUAAAAUCAACGGAUGUUGUUCCGAUCUUCGGGAAACAUCAGGGACGUUUGCUUCUCAGUAUGUGGAAGGUUCUGAAGCGGUGGCUGCAUCUACCAAUGAACACACCACAAAGAGUCAGGCUUACUUGGACGAAGCAGAGGAAAGCCGUAGCCAGAUAGAAUCUUCCAUUAAGGAUUACUUGCAGGAGGAGGUAUCACAGCAAGCCGUUCAUACAGAGGAAGUGACUGGGGCUAUCGCAUCACACAUGCAGGCAUUAGAUCAACACAUAACAAGCACCAGCCAGAAGACUGAGGCGAUGGUAUCAACCAUCAGACAAAGCUCACAAGACCUCCAAGAAAAUCUGACCAAUCAGCAAGCGACGCUCAGCGGCACUUUGGAUGCUUGGGGUCAAGAGUUGGUCAAACAGUCUACCGACGUGAACGACAGGAUAUGUGACAACAGGGUUAUGGUCACGGAGGUAGAAGGACUGACCACUACCUUCCUGAAAGAAGAACUGAAACAGGACGUACCGACUGGUGUGACUCCCAAGAAUCGUCGCUUCAGCUACCCUCGUCAACUGACUCGUACUGAGCCUCAUCACGUCCUACUCAAAGGCAUCGGUCUGGAUCGGACCAUCAAUGAGGCUAGCAGUGUGCCUCUCCCUGAGACAUUCAUUGAGGAGCCUGAAAUGGAAGAGUCCAAGAGUGACACGUUGGAGACAAUGUCGGUGAAUGAAGACAACUCGUCUGAUGCAGGAUCUGAUGUGUCAAUGGGAUCAGUCAUCAUUGACGAAACUAAGGAGAACUUCUCAAAGCCAACCAAGAAAAAAGCGCCUGCCGGCAAGAUGGUCAAGAAAGCGCCUCGCGACAACAGCGCCAACCGCACGCCGCGAUCUAGAGUACCUCUCAGAGUCAAUAACGCAGCCAAUCAUUAGUCUCAUGACUGACAAUCAUUGGGCAUGGUGGAGCCUGAACUAUGGUUAACCACAGUCAAUACUUCAACUAACUACACUCAAGCAUAGUUAUCUGUUGUUGAUUGUCGACAUUUUGAGACUCUAAGCCAACCGAAGUUGGUUGCGUCAAUGGUUACCACUAGCCGUGUAUAUCUUAUGUACAGAACCAGGAGAGGGAAAUUUCAUCAUGAUGUUUAACGUGUUUAACCAAUCAUAACCAUUAACUUAAUAAUACCUUGGGUUUUUUUAUAGCGCUUUAUACCAAAGGUCUCAAAGCGCUUCACAAUUAUUACCCCUGUUCAUCAGGCUGUGAAACCAGUUUCUGCAGCAGCUCGACAUCAGCGCAUGCAUUCUGGUCUGUACCUUACUUGUCUUGAGUAGAGUUGUUAGCAACAUUCGCAUGAUACGACCACUAGUUGACAAAUGUCUCAAAAUCGAUUCGUCAUUGAAUGACGUGAAUUAUUAGUUGCAUGGCAUGAUGGAAAUAAUCCCGUUACCAAGGAAGCAACACGGCUGAUUAUAUGUAUCAAUUUGUAGAUAAAAUUCAUCAACUAUGGUUUAGUCUUGCUCUUUCUGUAUUAACUUCUUUUUUUUUCGAGAGAACCAAAAUUUUUCCUAAACUUUUUCUCAAAACAAGAUAACUUUUUGGGAUUUCAGAGAAUGGCACUGUAAUUUUAAUGGUGAGGGGUUUUGUGUAUAUAUAUAACCCUAAAGCCUUAAGUUGAUUAAGUUUAUUAAUAUGUACAUUUAUUCGUAGUAAACCUUCAUUUAACCAGCAAACAUGUUCAAGCAGCUUAGCCACAUGUAGUAGAUGACACAUACAACAAAGGGCUCGGACAAUUUGUAAAUAAAGCGUGCCCUUUGUGUGGUAAUGAAUUUCUUUGGAAAGAUAAUGACCUUGAUUUUUGUUUCUGCUCCAACUGGAACAGAAUGUUUAAAUAGGCUGGUGCCUUUGACAAAUCAUUCUAGUCAUAGGAAUUCCGUAUCAUGUCAUUAGGAACCAGACAAUGAUGACCAUCGUAAUUUGUACACAUGGGGCAUGUUUGUUAACUUAUAACCGAUUCGUUUAUAACUAAUAAAAAAGUAAAACUAGGUGCAUACAAAAUUAGAUACAUGUAGUUCUUACAUUCUCAUUUUGCCCAAAUUCACCCGAAUGGUAAGAAAACUUAUUUGUUACCAGAUUUUUCUUUAUAUUGAAGUUUACAAAUGAAGGAGGACCAAACGAUUGAACUAAAACAAAAUGAGACUUUUUCCCCUUUGCUCAAAAUUUAUUUUAAGCCAAUUUUUUUUUGUACAAAUAAAAGCCAGUAAGAAUUAUCUAAAACGUUAUUGGUCCAGCCGUAUGUUUAUUAUUUAGCACAUCCCCCAGAGAAUUAAUAGAAUUAUUUUCUGUGGCCAGAAGUAUUUGUUGAAAUCUCCCAUACUUGUUAAAAUACUUUAACAUCAUAAAACCCCAAAGUCCCAAAUCAUAAUGCAUGAACUGUAAAGAUGAUAGUAAACGUCGGAUGUAAAAUUUAA